AGUUAGAUCACCACCAAGAGCAACUGGACUCUGUGAAAGGUAGUGAGUUAGUAGUAGAGUGUGUCCCUGGAGAGUCUUGGAUUGUGGAGGAUGAGCUUGUGGAAGAAAUAGCAACGUCACAAAAUCCAGAAGCUGGCACACAGUUAGAUCACCACCUAGAGCAACUGGACUUUGUGAAAGAUAGUGAGUUAGUAGUAGAGUGCGUACCCGGAGAGUCUUGGAGUGUGGAGGAUGGGCUGGACACAGGCAGAAAGUGUGACACGGAUCAAAAAACGAUGGCCUCCGGUGAUACCAUCGCAAAGAUGUGCAAGUUGCAAGAGUUGGUUAGAUCUGAGGAUUUGCACACUGACUCUAAGUCUCACCUGUAUUCAGAAGCUGCAGACAAAGAUUCAAGCAACCAGAUCACUUGUAAUGGCGCAGUCGCUUCGCCACAAACAGAGGAUAAGGCAAACGUUCCUGAAAGUAUCACCCAAGAGGAUGGACUAAAUGAUGAGGAGACAGGCAUCACUGAAGAUGGCCCUUGUUCCUGUGGGGCGACUGUUGCCUUCCCCACCUUUCACGAAGGUACGGCUACAGUCGAGCAAUCCUUGGACAGAAUCUUUCAGAACUGGGAGUUCGAUAAGGAUGGCAACAUUGUUGAUCCUCAGGAACACUCAGGUGAAUCUUGUUGCCAGGCGAACUUUAACGAGAACAACAACAAUGUGGACCAGCAGUCUCUCACUGCUGAGCAGCUCAACCAAAAAUAUGUCGCUGAUCUCCGUGAGUACGUAGGCGCCCUUCAUGGUGUGUUGGGAACUAUUGUGGAGAACGUCCCUCAAGACAAGUUAGAAACUGCCCUGAAAGACUUUGCAAGCAGUGCGCCUCAAGAAACGUUAGAUGCUGUGAAGAAGGAGCUUGCAGGGUAUGAUCUUCAACACAAGUUGGAAACCGCAAUGAAAGACGUUGCAAAGAGUACACCUCUAGAAGAGUUAGAAACAGCAAAGGACUUAGAACUUUCAAAUAGUGCCCUUGAGAAAGAGAUAGAAACAACAAAGAAAGAAAUCCAGCAACUUCAGGAGAAAAAAACUGCCCUUCGAGAAGAAGUGUUAGAAAUGAGAAAGACAAAUUAUGACCUUCAAGACAAGUUAGAAACUUCAAGACAAGUUAGAAACAAGUUUAAAAAGUUAGAAACAGCGAAGGAAGAAAUCCAUCCAUGUCAGAAGGAAGCAACUGCCCUUCGAGAAGAAGUGUUAGAAGAACAAAAAGAGAUAGAAAUGAGAAAGACAGAACUUGUAAAGUAUGACCUUCAAGACAAGUUAGAAGCAGCGAAGGAAGAAAUCCAUCCAUGUCAGAAGGAAGCAACUGCCCCUCGAGAAGAGUUAGAAGAACAAGAAGAGUUAGAAGAAGACGACUUAGAAGAAGAAGAAGACUUAGUGUCAGAAAUGACAAAGACCGAACUUGCAAAGUAUGCCCUUCAAGAAAUGUUAGAAUCUGUAAAGAAGGAGCUUGCAGGAAAGUAUGACUUCCAAGAAGAGUUUGAAACUGCAGUGAAAGCACUUGGAAACAGCGUCCCUCAAGAAGAGUUAAAAACUGCAAGGAAAGAAAUCCACCAACUUCAGGAGAAUGUAACAGCACUUCAAGAUGAGUUAGAGACUGCAAAGACAGAACUGAAAACCAAGGAGUCAGAUAGAGAGCAAGCUCAGCUGCAGUUAGCAGAUGUUGAGAAAGAGAUGACAGAGAAACUAACUAACAUUCAAAAGGAGUUAAAAACUGCAAAGAAAGACCUGGCAACCCAGGAAUCGGCUAGAGAGAAAGCUCUCUCGCAGCUUGAAGCUGCUAAUCAACUUAUGACAAGAAGAAUACAGUUUACUGACACACUGCAGGAAAAAGUUACAAGUCUUGAAGAGGAGUUAGAAACAGCGAAGAAAGAAGUUGCAAAGAUUGGCCUUCACGGAGAGUUAGAAGCUGCGAAAAAAGAACUUACAAAGAACGCCCUCCAAUUCAGGAAGGAUGAAAUCCACCAGCUUCAGAAGAAAGUAACGUCCCUUGAGGAGGAGCUAGAAACUGCAAAGAAGGAGCUCGAGACAAAAGGGUCUGCCACAGAACAAGCCCAGUUGCACCUUGAUGCUGUGGAAAAGGAACUGACAGAGAGAGUAACUGCCCUUCAAGAGGAGUUGGACACGGCAAAGAAAGAACUUGAAACCAAGGAGUCAGCUAGAGAACAAUCUGACGGGCAGCUUGCAGCUCCUGAUAUGGUACUGAAUACGAGACUGCAGAAUGAACUUGAGGUAAAAGUUACAGCCCUUGAAGACCAGUUAGAAACUGCAAAGCAAGAACUGGAGACCAAGGAGUCGGCUAGAGAACACGCUCACUUGCAGCUUGAAGCCGUCAACAAGGUGCUGACAACAAGACUGCAGCAUGCCGACAUACUUCAGGAAAAAGUAGCAGCCCUGGAAGAGGAGUUAGUAUCUACUAAGAAAGAACUUGGGAAGCCUUGUCUUCACGAAGAGUUAGAAGCUGUGAAGAAAGAGCUCGCAAACAGCACCCUCCAAGAACUGUUAGAAAAUGCAAGGAAGGAAAUCAGUCAACUACAGAACAAAGUAACUGCCCUGCAAGAGGAGUUAAACACUGCCAAGAAAGAACUGAAAACAAAGGAGACUGCACACUUGCAGCAAACAGUUGUUGAGAAGGGACUGACAGAAAAACUGCAGGAAGCUGAAACUCGGCUGCAGAAUUCCCUGCAGCAGGAGGAAGAGUUGAAAGAGCGACUGCAGCAGGUUGAAACUCAGCUGCAGAAAAACCAGGAUGUCGCAGAAGAGUUGAAGAAGGCUCAGGAGCGGGCAAUGCAAGCAGAACUUCAGCUUCAGGUGUUAAACUUCACGUUCCGGUGGUGUCGCUCGGAGCUGGAGGAUCAGUACAGGGAGGGAGAGAAGAUGUACAGGUUCUACACAGAGAGGUGCAAGCUGUGGGACAGAAGGCUGGAGAAGUUCUGCUGCGACUGGCAGGACUACACCAGCGACAUCCUCAAACAGAUCACGACUCUGCAGCUGCUGUACUCCAGCCACGUCCAGAAGCUCCAGGCCGGGGGUCAGUUGUCCGACCUCCCGCCGCUCAGCCUGGUCAGGCCACAGAUGCCGCGUCUCCCAGACCUGACUGCUGACAUGCUGACCUCUCCAGACAGCUACAAGCUCCACCUUGUUCCCCUCCUGCCUGUCGUAAAGCCACCAGGCAACGACUCGACCAGCCCAAAUUCACCAACCCUACCUACCGGCAACGUGGACUGGUCCUGCCUCAACCCUCACAGGGAGUCCCAGUUGAACGUCUUUGCUCCAGAAUGGAAAGAGAGUCCCAGUCCUGCCACCAGUCCGAAAGAGACAGGGAGCAAAAUCCAACCUAAGCAGUCAGACCAACACAGCAGCUUAGUGCCAUCAUCAAACUCCAAAAGCUGCACAACUACGCAAAACAGCAAGUCUUCAGCUCAGGACAACGCAACGUCCCAGGGCAACAGAAGUCCUAGUGACAACUUUCAAGUUCAACCGCUGCCAAAAGCCAAAAGCGCAGCAACUCAAAACAGCAACUCUCCAAAUCAGGACAGCUCAACUCCUCAGUGCAAGAGAAGUCCUGACAAUGACAACUUUCAAGUUCAACCGUUGCCAAAAGCCAAAAGCUCAGCAACUCAAAACAGCAACUCUCCAAAUCAGGACAGCUCAACUCCCCAAGGCAAAAGAAGUCCUGAUACUGACAUUCUAGUUCAACCGGCACCAAAAGCCAAAGUUUCGGAGGAGAAACAGAGGCUUCGGCUGCCUUCCAGGAUCUCGAAAGCUGCCUCUGUUUCUUCAGCUCUUAUACUGGCUGUUGAUGUUAUUGGUUUUUGUUAA